UCGCAGCCUCCUCUACCACGACCAUUACAACUAUUCGCGUACUCUAUUGGUAUCUAGACUUUGCUCUUCAGGCGUUGCAUGCUCCGGAGGGCACUUCGCUCUUUCACAGGGCCGACCGUCCACUCCCUCUACUUCCGCACUAAUCCGUUCAUCCAUCGAUUCUCUCGCAGGUUAACGCGGAACGCCAAUCUAGCAACUCGCGUGUUCCCCCAUAAUCCUAACCUCACAAUGCCCGUUGCCGAUGGAGCUCACCCAAAAUGCAAAGUUCUCGUCCUGGGCGCAGGGAACUUUGGGAGCUGUCUCGCCGAUCACUUAGGGGACUCAGAACACGAAGUCUUCCUGUGGUCCCGUUCCGCGGAACUUGUCGCAAAGUUUAACGAGACGCACCGCAAUCCUGAAUGUCUGCAAGAUCACGUCUUUCCUGAGACUAUCAAGGCCAUAGGUCCCGAGUUGCCCUCAGCAGACGUCAUCAAGAAUAUGGACGUGUUGCUUUUCGCCAUCCCGACGGAGGGUGUAAGAGCAACUCUCACAGAUUUACGACCCAGGUUAGACGAGGAACAGCUGCCGCUGUUAAUAUUCGUCAACAAAGGUAUUGAGAUUGCUACGCGCUCCCUGACUCUGGAGAUCAUCGCGGACACUUGCGGGAUCAAGAUCGCCACAGUCGCAACGUUCAUCUCAGGGCCUUCGUUCGCGAAAGAAAUUGUCCGCCGACAGCCUACAUCUGUCUCAGUGGCCUCUUUGUCGGAGUCACAUGCCGAGAAGGCGUCUCGAGUGUUCCAUCAGCCUUGGUUCAGAUGUUACACUGGAGGGGAUCCUGUCGGGAUUGAGCUGGCCGGAGCACUGAAGAACGUAUAUGCCAUCGCUACCGGCGUAUCUGACGGCCUCGGCUUCGAGAACAAUACGAGAGCCAUGCUUAUUACACGGUGCCUAUCCGAGAUGACCAGGAUAGGCGCGGCAUACGGAGCAUCACCCCUCACGUUCCUGUCGCUAGCCGGCGUGGGCGACCUAUUCCUCACGUGCAGUUCACCGACUAGUCGAAACUACACGGUUGGCUACCGGCUGGGAAAGGGGGAAAAGCUAGAGGACAUAAUACGGACUCUCGGGAGCGUGGCCGAGGGCGUUACCACGACAAAAGCACUCAGGAAAGUGAUUGACGAGCUGGGGGUGGAUGCGCCGAUUGCAACAGCGGUGUAUGGGAUACUGUACGAAGGCAAAGAUCUGCAGGGUACGGUUCGAGGCCUCAUGAGUCUCCCGCCCUUGCGGGAACUCGACCUGCCUGCGCAGGCUGGAGGGCCUGUGAAGCGGCUGAUGCAGAAAUUAGGCUUGAGCGCGUAGAAUACACAUCGUAGUUGGAUCUCACAGGAAGCACCUGAUUAUAAUUAUGGAUCGGAUUUACCUCCGGAGAUGUCGGA